UGUCCGUAUUCUUCAGUUCUGUUCAGAAAAUGAAGCGAAUUUUCAAUCGGUUGAUGUGAUUGUCUUCAAUUAUUGGCAUCCGUGUCGGCGUGCCGUUCGAGACUAUGGGCACGGAAACUGAAUCAGUCAAUGGUUCCAGCAAUACCAUUGAAUCGAAAAAUGUAAAUCAAACCAUCAGUCCUGGGAAUUCAACGGUCUCGAUCCUGCCAUCACAAUUCAUACAGAGUUCACCGCAGUUCAUGACUGCGGGAUAUGUCCAAGUUGGACAGCAACUCCAGCUGGCCGCCGAUCCGAACAAUGUCCAACAAGAAACAAUUUAUAUUCCGUCGCUCGGGAUGCAAGGACAAGGAGGUAUUCAACUUCAUGCUGCCACAACUCCGUCAGGACAAACGGUUUACCUUCCUGUGUCAGCCGGUAACGCUGGACAAUCAGUUGUAAGAACGUCUCAAGGACAAGUAAUUCAAUCUCAAGGUUACACUCAUGAUUUGGGAGGCACCCCGGUGCAAACAGUACAAAUACCUGCCGCUCAAGCGUCUGCGCUUGGACUCGGUGGCUUGGGUGCCUGUCAAUUGAUGACUGUACAAAUUCCUCUUCAAGGACCAGGUGGACAAACUGUCUACCAGACAGUUCAGGUUCCAGUCCAAGUACCUCAGCCACAACCCGCGACCACAACCACCAUCAUUCAGACUUCAUCAGGACCUGUUCUUGCCCAACUCAUUCCGUCUCAACCGCAGCAAAUACCUCAAGUUGCCCAAAUGAUCACACAAGGCGGCCAGAUACAGCUGCAAGGAGCUGCGACUGCAACAUGGUCUCAUCCUAUGGUCGCCCAGGCAAUGGCCACACAAACGCAGAUUGCCUCCAAUAUUUCACAAGAACAGAAUGAUCGGGUGGCGAAGUCCUCUCCGAAUCGGGCGUCGACUUCAACUCCGACCGCCACGACCUCAACGUCCACAUCCACCGCAUCUCCUGAAGUAAAAGAAAGCGGAACGUCGACCAUGGACACCGAUGACAAUUCCAACAAAGUCGAAGACAUGAAACCCGCUGGCCUUGUUGUGAACAUGGCGCAGGAACCUGCGAUUCAACUUAUACAGCAAGGUCAGCAAUUCGGCCUCAUAAUGAAUGCACAAAAUACACUUCUGCAGCCCCGGACAAAUAACUAUGUACAGAUACCCGGAGUUGGAUUGGCUAACAUUGGAAAUGCGAUUCCGGUCCAUAAUCUUUCCGGACUUGGUGGAAUGCAAAUGGUGCCGAUUUCCAACCAGGGUCAAGCUCAUAUAAUGCAACCUGCUCCUCAGCAGAUCAUUCAGCAGGAUCCGAAUGAUCCAUCGAAGUGGGUGAUAACUAACGUCGCCAUGAGCACGGGCGUCGCCAUGCAAGACACGUCGGACUUGUACAGAAACUUCAAUCCGACCCCGACGCCCCAAACUGUUUUGCCCGCCGCUACAGUUUCCGUACCUGCUUCAGCCCCGGCUGCUACGAUAACAACAACGAAAACAAACAAUUCGUCCAACAACAGCUCCAACAGCAGUGGCGGCAAAGCCCGUUUGCGACGGAUGGCCUGCACGUGUCCCAAUUGCAAGGACGGCGAGAAUCGGUACGAGAAGCUGUCCGAGUCUGGGGUACGGAGGAAGAUGCACUUGUGUCACAUCCCCGGUUGCGGGAAGUUGUAUGGGAAGACGUCGCAUUUGCGUGCCCAUUUGAGGUGGCAUUCCGGCGAAAGGCCGUUUGUGUGUAACUGGAUGUUUUGUGGGAAGCGGUUUACGCGGAGUGACGAGCUGCAGAGACACAAAAGAACGCAUACCGGCGAGAAAAGAUUCCAGUGCACGCAGUGUUCGAAGCGGUUCAUGCGAUCGGAUCAUUUGUCGAAGCACAUCCGAACGCAUUCAAUUCGCGGUGCGAAUGCGAGUUCAACAACGAACGGGAACGAAGGCAAUCCCAUGUCCCCGAGUUCGGGCAGUGAGCUGGAAGCCGAAUCUCCGCCGGCGUCCCCGCCCUCGGGCAUGAAUGCCUCCAGUGACGGUUCUCUUCUCUCCCCGGCCACAGAUAAUAGUCAGUUCGGUGGCCGGAGCGACCGGAGCGAAGGAAGCCUCAUGAUCAUCGACACGUUCGGUGUCACUUCUCCGGGUGGCUCGGACUCGUCGGGUCGCGAAACCCCUCCCGAAAUUGGCAUCGACACCCGAUCCAAGGGCGAGCUGGACAACAGCACGGACCUGGACGCCGGGGACGAAGACCACAAACUGUACAUUGCCAUCAAGUCCGAAGCGGAUCAGUCUGACGUGAGCUCCACAGCCGUCGCCGAUGAAGCGCUGUGCGAGAGACGCCGGAAGAGAGCGAGGGAAGAGCCCGUCCUGUUGUUGUUUGGUGGUGUUGGUGCCGGAACCAGGGCCAGUUCUGCCAACGCUGGGUCGUGUGUCAGCUCUGGAAGUGGGAAAUUGGAGUUGUGUUAA